CAACUGUUAUUGACCGCGCAAACAAACCGUAUCUGUUAAUUAAUACCACUAUAUCACUAAUUUAUAGUAGAUAACUGGCUAUCAGUCAGUCAGUCCAUAUCCAGGCCGCGGCACAUCAACAUGGCUGUGGAGGAGGUAUUUUAUAAAUUAUACAACAACAUAUUAAUUGAAACUAAUUUACAAAAUACGAAUUAUGAUGCUGUCGUACUGAUUGCGUAUCCUGAAGACCUGAAUGUGCAGCUGCCGAGGCAUAUUGGAAGCUUCCUCGAGAAAGCAGCUAAGGUAGAUAAGCAUAUAACCAAAGCUGUAACCGUGUGGAAUUGUGACUAUGUCUCCGGUGGAAGACUGGUUAUUUCUCCGACUGGUAAAGUGACUCCUUACCAUGACGUUUCUGUUGUCAAACAAGCAGCUCAGAAAGGAGUCUUGAGAGCUCUCGAAGCUGGAGCCAAAAGUCCUUUAGUGGUCGUUCAGAGUGUUGUACAUUUCCCCGAUGCACAAUUGGUAGCUGUUUUAGGUGUCUUAGAAGCGCUUUACACGCCUCUACAGAUGAGGGAACGCGUAGCUCCGAAAAAUUUCACCAAAAUCGGUUUCCACGCUGAAGAAACUUUAGAUGAGAAAUUUGAAAGAAUCGUCAGGAACGCCAUAGCUUUGGAAAGAGCUAGAAUUAUAACCAGAGACAUCGGUGGUUCUGAUCCGGAAAGGAUGGCUCCAGGGAAAAUUGUGGAAUACAUCAAUAAUUCUUUUUCUGGUGAGAAUAAUAUCACCGUUAAAGUUGUUGAUGAUGAGAAUGUAAUUGCUGAGCAAUAUCCUCUUUUAGCUGCUGUGAAUAGAGCUGCAACUCGCGUAGACAGGCACAAAGCGAGAGUGGUAGAAAUUGAAUAUAAACCAUCAGAUCUUUCGAGAGUCAUUGAAACAUUGAUUUUAGUUGGCAAAGGUGUGACUUACGAUACUGGCGGCGCUGAUAUCAAGAUACAGGGCAAAAUGGCGGGCAUGGCUAGAGAUAAAUGUGGGGCGGCAGCCGUUGCUGGGUUCCUGAAAGCUUGUUCGAUUUUGAAACCACCACAUUUGAAAGUUAUUGGAGUAUUAUGCCUUUGCAGAAACUCUGUAGGAUCAGAUUCUUAUGUUGCCGAUGAGUUGCUGGUUUCCAGUAGUGGAAAAACUGUUAGAGUGACUAACACCGAUGCUGAAGGUCGUUUGGCGAUGGCUGAUGCGUUGUUUAAGAUGUCAGAGACUGCUGGCAAGGAGCUCAAUCCUCAUAUUUAUACUAUUGCGACAUUGACUGGCCACGCGCGCGCUUGUUAUGGCAACUAUGUGGCAGCUAUGGAUAACCACAGCGCCAGAGCUACAAACCACUCUAAUAAACUACAAUUGAGUGGCUCCAGAGUUUCGGAAGGUGUCGAAGUGUCAGUGGUGAGACAUGAAGAUCUAGCGAUCAAUGAAGGGAAGUGUAAAGGAGAUGAUUUGGUGCAGUACGAUACUGGUGCGAAAGCGAGGAAUCAUCAACUUGCAGCUGGUUUCCUGAUCAAGGUCGGGGGGCUCGAGGAGAAGAAUUUGAAGUACACGCAUUUGGACAUCGCGGGGGCUGCGGGGGAGGCCCCCUCCGAGCCUAGUGCUGUACCAGUGCUGUCAUUAUGUCAUUUGCACAAAGUUUUCAUGUAAUACUCAAUUUGUGCUUUGUUUACAUUAUUAUUUACAAAAUAUUGUACACUAGACCUCAUCUAUGCUUUCCGCCAGGUUAGAUUGAGGUCAAAAGUACUCAAUUUUUUAAUUAUAAUGAUUAUCUAACGACUAAACUUUUUUAGAUUAGUUUAUUGGAAUAAUUACUUUAAAUAUACCGACAUUAUCUAAAGCGAGCCUUAUAUUUUAAUUUACAAUAUAUUUUUCAUUAUUUAUAUGAUCGAUGGUGCAGGUUGCGAGUGUGACUUUUAAGAGGUUUCCAAUUAUUUUUGUUUGAUUUUGUAUAACUAAUUACAUAUGUUAAGUACAGGGUGUUAAGUUGGUCAAUUGAAACCAGAGAUUCGAUAUGAGAAGUCCAAAACCAAUGAAAAACAAAAAACAAUUUUUCGUUAAAUUAUCCCCGUUCAUAAUGAGUUUGACCCGUUUAUAAACUAACAACCUGUUGUUAUGUUCCAUUACUAAUAUCUAUUUAUCAUAAUAAGAAAAAUAAAGCAUACUUCAAGCUAAAGUCUGUUUAUGUUUCGUCUCGUUGCGUCAAUGCCGAAUUUUUUAAAGUGCGAUAGACAAAACAUACUUUAAUAAAACAUUCAGAUAAGAA